CCUGAGGCGGCGGGGACGGCGGGAGUCCUGCGUGUCCCGGGAGUCUUCAGUUUGAACCCAAGGCGUCUUGGACCUGCCCAAUGUGUGCAAAAGUGAGACCUGAGUCCUGGGGCUGCUGGGAAGUAUUCAAUAUUAAGUAACAUGUCUUCCACCAGACCUUCCAAUGAAAAUGAAACACCCAAAGAGAGAAAACCAGGACUGAGGAGUGUCCAGACAACUAUGCUCUUCCGAGCUGUGAACCCAGAGCUUUUCAUUAAACCUAACAAACCUAUGAUGGCAUUUGGACUGAUAACAAUUAGCCUCUGUGUGGCCUACCUUGGUUAUUUGCACGCAACAGCAGAGAAUAAAAAAGAUCUCUAUGAAGCAAUCGACAGUGAAGGGUCCAGGUAUAUGAGAAGGAAAACUUCCAAGUGGGACUGAGAAUGUAAGAAAGGAAAUCAGCAAAUGAGUCACAGAACUUUUCAAGGCUGUAUUUUUUUCUCUUUCCAUUGCAUAAUGGGUAAAUGUCUCUUGCUAUUUAAUCCAAUUCAAGUUCCUUUAUAAAAUGCUGGCCCUGUACAAAUAAAUUGCAAUAAAGAUACAUGCAAAUGUAAAAGUGAUUUUAAGAAUUGCUGUCUGCAAUCUCCACAGCAUGUCAGAAGACGUGAAAUUAGCUCAGACCUGCAGUCAGGACUGGUGAAUGCCUUAGAAAUCAACAUGGUAGUUAAGCUUACUUCUCUCUUUACUUUGAUUAAGUGAAAUCAGGGGUUUGUCUUUUAUUUUUAAAACACAAGGCAUAAUGUAUUGUCUGCGAAAUUAAAAAUUUGAUCUCUUGAUCAGUUGAAAGAUGAUAACAGUGGUGCAAAUAAAAUAAUUUUAAGGCAA